GGCUAGCCGGUUUGCACGCAUACCAACUCUAGACACAAUACCAACAUACUGCUUCUAAUUCAGCCACUUGUUAUUAGGAAAGCAAACUGGCCAGGGCUGUGCUUGCACUUUUUGUACCUUAUCUGCUAGAGCACCUGUACAGUCGAUUAAGCAAGAAAGAUGCAAGAUAUCCAGAGCUAACAACAUUAUAGUGAACACGCUUGGCCUGCCGGGGUGUGGCGUGAAGCUGUAAUCUUGAGGCGUGGUCUGAGGAGGCAGGGCAUUUCCAUUACCCAAGAUGGCGGGUGACUUACAACCUUUGUUCAGCGCCUUGUCGCCGGCGCGCAAGCGGCUCAUCGCGGUGGCCAUCGUUGCCGGUGGAGUCACGAUUGGCAGCCAGGUCCGCAACCUAGUACGGCAAGCCCAGAGCGAGCAGCGGGCCCUAUGUGCCGAGGUGGAGGCCAGCCGUGGCUACGGGAGCUCCCGCCGCACUGUGCGCAUCGCGGUGGAUAAGCGCUUCCUGCGCCGCCUCACCAGGAUCCUUUCCAUCUGCGUUCCCUCCCCCUGGAGCAAGGAGGCGCUGCUGAUCCUGGCCCAGGGCUGCCUGCUGGUCAGCCGCACGCUGCUCACCGACUACAUCAGCCGCGUGGAGGGUUACUGCGGCAGCACGCUGGUCAGUCAGCAGUUCUCCAAGUUCUGGCGCGCGCUGAUGGCCUUCGCCGCCAUCGGGGUGCCCGCGGCCGUGGUGAACAGCUCGCUCAAGUACAUGCAGAAGCAGAUCGAGCUGUCAUUCCAGCAGCGGCUGACAACCUUCCUGCACGCGCAGUACUGCAGCAACCGCGCCUACUACGCGGCUAGCACGCUGGGCGGCCUCACGCACGCCGACCAGCGCAUUACGGAGGACGUGGAGAAGUUCGCAGCCUCCAUCAGCGACCUGUACGCGCACACAUUCAAGCCCCUGCUUGACGUGGUGCUGUUCACCCGCUCGCUGUCCCGCACCAUGGGCUACCGCGGGCAGUUUGCGCUGUACGCCUACUACGUGGCGGUGGCCUACCUGCUGAGGGCCAUCUCGCCGCCGCUGGCUGCCAUGACGGCGCAGGAGGCUGCGCUCAGCGGGGCGUUCAGGGCCGCCCACCAGCGGUUGGUGACGUGUUCCGAGGAGGUCGCCUUCAACGACCCGCCCGCCGGCGCCGCGGAGCAGCUCAUCCUGAACCAGCACCUGCGCCGCCUCACGCGCUACACGGGGCUGUCGGCGCUGCAGCGGGGCAUCCAGCAGGUGGCGGACGGGUACUUUGUAAAGUACUUUGCCAGCGUGACUGCGCUGCUGGUGUACGCGGCGCCCAUCUACCUGAAGGACCCGGCGGCGCGCGGCUCGCAGGGGGAGCUCACGCGCGACUACAUCCGCUCCAUGCGCCUGCUGCAGAACACCAGCAGGGGUGUCGGCGACCUGAUCCUCAUCUACAAGCGCGUCACCGCACUCGCCUCCCACACCUCCCGCGUGUCGGAGCUGCUGGAGCAGGUGGCGCGGCUGGUGGGCGAGGACGCGGAGCACCGGGAGCUGUUCCGGAAGAACGUGUCGGUCAACCACUUCCUGGGGCUGUCGGAGCCCUACCAUGCGCCGGGAGAGCCGGUGGGCGCCUACGAGCCGCCCCCGCCCCCCAAGCGCUCCCUGGGCCCCACCCUGCGCUUCCACCGCGUGGCGCUGGACUCGCCGGACGGCACCCCGCUCAUCCGGGAGCUCACCUUCGAGGUGGAGCAGGGCAAGAGCGUGUUGCUGAUGGGCCCCAACGGGUGCGGCAAGAGCUCGCUGUUCCGGGUGCUGGCGGGGCUGUGGCCGCUGCAGGCUGGCGAGAUCACCACCCCCGAGAAGGGCAAGGUGUUUUACCUGUCGCAGCGCCCCUACCUGGUCACCGGCACGCUGCGGGACCAGAUCCUCUACCCCAACCCGCCCAGGUCCGUCUGGCGCGGCGCCACCUCCUCCGAGCACACCCACUUUGCCGACGUGUCGGGCGGCAGCGUGCCCCCCUCCCCCUCCUCCGAGCUGGACUCGGCGCUGGAGGGCUGCCUGCGCGCCGUGGAGCUGGAGUACCUGCUGGUGCGGCACGGCUGGGAGGCGGUGCAGAACUGGAACGAGAUCCUGUCAGGCGGCGAGAAGCAGCGCCUGGCCAUGGCCCGGCUGCUCUACCACCGCCCGCAGUACGCCGUGCUGGACGAGUGCACCUCCGCCGUCAGCGCGGACGGCGAGCUGCGGCUGUACGGCGAGUGCAUCCGAGCGGGCGUUACCUUCCUCUCCAUCGCACACCGCCCCGCGCUCAAGCGCUUCCAUUCCACCGUCAUCCACUUCGAUGCCAACGUGUCCAAGACGGGACGGGGGUGGUGGAGUGAGACGUUGGAGGAGUCCGCCACGCCGGCAACAGCCUCCAGCGCGCCGCCCGGCCUGCUGUCUGGGGGAGGCAGCGGAGGUGCGGCGACGGGCGGCGGCAGCAGCCAGGCGGGCAGUGUGGUUGGGUCGCGGCGUGGCAGCCAGGCGACUGGCAACUGAGGAACCAACUGAGGUGGCGGGGCUGGGGAAGCGUUUGUGUGACUGGGGGGUGGGAGUGAGGAGCUUUAUAAUACUGCUGCAGGGUCCGCCGUUAUGUGGCGGAAAUGGGAAGGGAAGCGCAGGAGGGCAGCGGUUGUGAUGGGGGAGGAAAGAAGGAGACUUUGGAACGUGGGUCAGGUCGAUUGCUCGCCGUGCGGCGGUACGGGGGGGGGCCGAUGGCAAUCAGGCGGAAAGGAGGCGCUCAACGAAAGCUGGGGCGGGGGGGGGGGGGUUUGCAUAGCGGCGGGGACAUGGACCUUGUUGAUGGCAAAGUCCCGUAGUUGGGCUGCCGAAGAGUUCCUUCGGAUUUGAGCUCGGAGAUAGAUUUCGGCAACUCGGGAAAGCCUAGGGGCCUCUUAGUCUGGUUUCCUGAGGGACGACUUCGCCUUCACGUGCCGUGAGGACCAUUGAAAGCACGACAGGACAGCAUCGGUCGCGUCCCAUGGGUCAGUGAGAGCCUGCGCAGGUCGGUGGUAGCUGCGCUGUUGCCUUGCAUAGCGGUUUGCGCAGGGGUUUGGCAUACUAUGCAAUGGCCAUCAUCUUUGCUGCAAGUCGUUGUCUUCCUUGCAUGGCGUUACUCAAACGGAGAGAGAGUGGGGAGGGCCCGGCGGAACCAAGUCGCAACCAAUGCACUGCCCUUCGGCAGCCGUGAUUCGCGGCUGCUGCCUUCGGUCCCGGGGUUGAUGAGUGCGCUUGCUCGUGUGUUCUUGUGAUUGUGUGUUCCCUGCAAGGUCGCCCUUGGAAUCCUGCAGGCCUGAUGAAUAGUGCUGAACAGGCGUGGUUCGUGGCUCGGUCGGCAUCCCUUAUCAUCGUGUCGCUUGCGCUUGCUGACGUGCCAGGAAGCGUCGAGAGGGGAGCCUUUAUGGGUGGCACACAGUGUGAUGAGGAUGUGUUGGGACUAAGGUUGCCCCGCAAGUGAGAGAGUGAGUAAGGAGGCGCUGCCUUCUUGGGGCCGGGCCAUGUGCGAUGAUACGUUACGGUGCCGGCAAAUGCGACACUCUUAGUGCGACGCCAUCCCUUUCUCUCAUUAUGAGCGCUGUGCGAUGCGGCUUACCUGUUUGGUUUGCUGUGCGGUGCCUGCGAAUCAAUGAAUGCAGUAUGUCUGCGGGCAUGACAGCAACCCUGACCAGCGGUCUGCUUUUAGGAGAUGUACACGGCAACUUGGGGGCCGGGGGUGAGUGUCUGAUGCGUUGUGUGCUGUUUUCCUUUUGUGAAGCAUGGAGCCAGGGACUAAGCCGGCCGCUGCACCGGGGUAGUGGGACAUGGGAGCUGCGGCGGUUGGCCUGGGUUAGGGACGCUAGGCAUGCGCGCAUGUGUGUCACGUGGGAUACACUCAGGAACAGGUACGUCUGGCUGUAGCUGCUUUAGAGGCAGGGGUACACUCCAGCGCUUAUGAAAUAUGCAACUUGGCGCAGCUUAAGCUUGCAGGUGUGCCCGCAUGUAAAACCCGGGGGUGGUGGUCGUACGGCGGUGGAAAAGGUGUACGGACAACCCGUCAUGGUACACCACGUUCGGUAACGUAUGGCAAGCCCGCUGUGGUGCCGUACAAUCGGGCGUAGAGGCUGGGCACGCAGUAGGGUAGAGCGCGGAGCAGCAGUAGCGGUGCAUGCAGUCGAUGGCACCCCCGGUAUGCCGGUGGUUGGAAGGAUACCGUAUGUUCCUGAGCGGCCCCAAUGGCAAAUGGCUAUACCGGUAGUAGGAUGUGGUUAGGUCGCUGUGUGCGGCUCACAGUUGCCGUGGUGAGAAGACUGGCCGCGGAUGCAUGGGUCGCCGAUGACGGGCAGCAAGAGAACUACUGUACGGCAAUGUAUUUGAUAUAGAGAGAUGCCGAUGACUCCUGUAAGCAAUUGUUUUACAUCUGCAUCUGCCCCCCAGGGUCAUUACUGUUCGCAACAAGAACCCCCGUUUUUCCACGGCGCCCCCUUUCCUCUUCCUUGAACUGGCACUGGUGCCGCUUGCAAAGAUGGAAUGUUGACAGCCCC